AUGCGCCGCCUCCCCGCCUGGUUCGUCCGCAGCGGCACCUCCACCGGCCUCCUCUUCAGCCGCGCCUCCCUCCCCCCCGUCCCCUGCCAGUGGCAGCCCAUCCUCGCCCCCGCAAUGGGCUCCCCGGAUCCCCUGUACGCCCGCCAGCUCGACGGCAUGGGCUCCGGCAUCUCCUCCACCUCCAAGGUCGUCGUCGUCGGGCCCCCGUCAUCAUUAUCCUCUUCUUCUAGCUCCGGCGCCAGCUCCGGGUCCGGGUCCGAUGUGGGGCCGACUGUAGACGCCGAGUUCACGUUCGUCCAAGUCGGCAUCCGCGACGGCACUCUCGACCUCGCGGGGACCUGCGGCAACAUGUCCGCCAUAGUCGGUCCCGCGGCAUGGGACAUGGGUUUCGUCCCGCCUUCUCGGAUCGCUUCCCGCGUCUCGUACGACGCAGCCACGCGGUCUCGCUGGGCGACGCUGCGCAUUCUCAACACGAAUACCAACAAGGUCGUCGUAUCACGGUUCCAGCUUGACGGAAGCCCGCUCACGUACUCUCCGCACGGGGACUACGCCAUGGACGGCGUGCCGGGGACGCAAUCCCCCAUCACGCUCAGCUUCUUAGAUCCCGCCGGCGCAAAGACCGGUCGGGCUCUUCCCACGGGUAAUCCCAUUGACGAACUCCAUCUUCCCGAUGGGAGCACUGUCAAGGCAUCACUCGUCGAUGUCAGCAAUCCAGGCGUAUUCAUCACCACAUCCAGCCUCGGCAUCGACGACGCCACAGCAACAACCCUCACCCCCUCCCUCGUCGAAGCAAAUGCCCCCCUAAAAGCACGCCUCGAGCAAAUCCGCCAAGCCGGCGCCUCCGCAAUGCAUCUAGACCCCAAGAUCGAGAGCGUGCCCAAAGUAGUCAUGCUACUACCCCCAACCGCGAAAAAGUCCGCCGAGACGGACAUUCAGUGCCUCGCCAUGUCCAUGGGCCAGGCGCACAAGGCGGCGCCCCUGACGCUCUCGCUGUGUCUGGGCGCUGCGUCGCAGAUUGACGGGACGAUUGCGGCGGAGAUGAUGGGGGGCGAGAAGAAGUCUGUGAUUAGGAUUGGGCAUCCGAGUGGUGUGGUGGAUGUUGGUACGACGAUGAAGGAUGGGAGGAUUGAGGAAGCUAAGCUGUUGAGGACGGCGAGGGUGUUGAUGAAGGGGGAUGUAUACUAUUGA